AGCAUUAGACGACCCCAAUUACUACUUUGCUAGCUACUCACCAUGAGAGAAGUCAUUUCCCUCAACGUCGGCCAGGCCGGUUGCCAGAUCGCGAAUUCGUGCUGGGAGCUCUACUGCCUCGAGCACGGCAUCCAGCCCGAUGGUUAUCUGACUGAGGAGCGCAAGGCCAAGAACGACGACCACGGUUUCAGCACCUUCUUCUCCGAGACGGGCCAGGGCAAGUAUGUCCCCCGUACCAUCUACGCCGAUUUGGAGCCAAACGUCGUCGACGAGGUCCGCACUGGCCCUUACCGCUCUCUCUUCCACCCGGAGCAAAUGAUCACCGGCAAGGAGGAUGCGUCGAACAACUACGCCCGUGGCCAUUACACUGUCGGAAAGGAGCUCAUCGACCAGGUCUUGGACAAGGUCCGCCGUGUUGCUGACAACUGCGCUGGUCUGCAAGGUUUCCUCGUCUUCCAUUCCUUCGGUGGCGGUACCGGUUCUGGAUUCGGAGCCCUGUUGAUGGAGCGUCUGUCGGUCGACUAUGGUAAGAAGUGCAAGCUCGAGUUCUGCGUCUACCCAGCGCCCCAGGUUGCCACUUCAGUCGUCGAGCCCUACAACUCGAUUCUUACUACGCACACGACCCUCGAGCACUCCGACUGCAGUUUCAUGGUCGACAACGAGGCCAUCUACGACAUCUGCCGUAAAAACCUUGGCAUUGAGCGCCCCAACUACGAGAACCUGAACCGCCUCAUCGCCCAGGUCGUCUCCUCCAUCACGGCCUCGCUCCGAUUCGACGGCUCCCUCAACGUCGACUUGAACGAGUUCCAGACCAACUUGGUCCCCUACCCGCGUAUCCAUUUCCCUCUCGUCGCUUAUGCUCCCGUCAUCUCUGCUGCCAAGGCCGCCCACGAGGCCAACUCGGUCAUGGAGAUCACCAAUGCCUGCUUCGAGCCCAACAACCAGAUGGUCAAGUGCGAUCCUCGCAACGGCAAGUACAUGGCCACCUGCCUGUUGUACCGUGGUGACGUCGUCCCCAAGGACCCCCACGCUGCCAUUGCCCACCUCAAGACCAAGCGCACUGUGCAGUUUGUCGACUGGUGCCCAACCGGUUUCAAGAUUGGUAUCUGCUACCAGCCACCUGAGGUCGUUCCUAACGGCGAUCUUGCUGGCGUUAACCGCGCCGUCUGCAUGUUGUCCAACACCACGGCUAUCAGCGAGGCCUGGGGCGCUCUUUCACACAAGUUCGACCUCAUGUACAGCAAGCGUGCUUUCGUCCACUGGUACGUAGGAGAGGGUAUGGAGGAGGGUGAAUUCUCUGAAGCUCGUGAGGACCUUGCUGCCCUGGAGCGCGAUUACGAGGAGGUUGCUGCCGACACCAUCGGCGACGACGAGGGUGUUGAGGCCGAGUACUAGACGACGGCUUGGUGCUGUGCACUGGGGCGCGGUGAAGAGCAGUUCGGUUCUGUGUUGUUGAUUGGCAUGCCCUUGUUCGAAGCUACGCUUUUGAUGAGGACACCGGCCUUUUGGCGAUUAGGAGCCGCGGAGUUUUGAGCGAACUGCUAGCAAGCG